AUGGACUUUCCAAGACGCAAACCGCUGCCAGCCUCAAGCUCAUUGAGACAUAACACUUACCAGCUUGUCUCGUCACCUUCGCAUGAUCAGAGCCGUUCAUCAUUGUGGAUGCAGGGAGCGGGUCGACACCUAUCCUCUGGUCCUCCUCCCUACGAGUAUACUCGACGAAGCUGGACCACCGUCGAGGAUAGUGGCCAAGAAUCGAAUCGCGAGACUCAUGAAUCGUCGAUUACUCAUUUAUAUCCACCUCUUCAUGGAAAGCUUUGGCGGACGGGUUACCUUCGAAAUGUUCCCUGGCUGGGGGUCGGAAGCUUAAUGCUUGUCUUGUCCUCAACAAUUGCGAGUGCGAUCCUCUUGGUCGUCUCUAACGGCGACGCAGUCUCAAGCUGGCGAGUCGCUCCUUCUGUUGCCCUCGCCAUCCUAUCAGCAAUAUCAACCGCCUCCUUAAGCUUCUCUCUUGCAAGCGGCCUUAAUGUUUCCUGGUGGCGUAAAAUGCUUGAAGGCGCGCCUCUAGAUCAGACGCAUCGUUACUGGGACCAUGGCAAUAGUAUAUGGGCCGCGGUGACAGCUGGGCGACGGUCCAGCUUUUUGUCCAUUGCAAAGUUACUCGUUACCCUUGCUGCUAUCGCCGAGGGCCCCUUCAUUCAGCAAGCAUCCACCAUAUCAACCAGAGAAAUUUCCAAACCACUGCCACUCCAAGCUGCGCUUGCAGUAGAUCUUCCCCCGGGAUACACGGCCGAUGUAACAGGGGAGUUCAGGACGCCAACCACCCCUUCUAGCUCGUUCUCGGGCGUCUUUAACAAUUACACGAACCGAGUGUCAAUCACCCAUGGCUUUGACGGCUGUCCAGGAGUUUGCACAGCUAACGCAUCGGGUGUUGGCUUUAAGGUCUCAUGUGCUCCAGAUACAAAUACAACAUGGGACAUGGAAGUCUACAGUGGUGGUGUCACCAAACCGCAGUUUACUGCCAGCACUACCUGGCGGGCACAAACCUCAGAUGGUUACGAUUCCAUUGCUGCCAAUGGAUCAUAUGAGUAUCUCACCUUGUCAGCGGGCUGGGCCAUUAAUACAGUCACCCCACUCCUCUUCGUCAACCGAGUUUGCAGUCUCUCGUUAGCCAUGGUUUCAUAUCCACUUCAAAUAGUGAACAACACGGUCAGCUUGACUUUGCCAAAUGGCACAAAUCCUGAGGUUCUCUAUGAUCUCCCCAUCGCCAGCACAGCUCCCGGUAUGGGUCUCACAGGGGCUACCACUCUCGGAGGGUUCAGCCUCAUUGGGAAUGUAAACGAUUUUGGUGAAUCUCCUACGGAAGGGCCAUUUUAUGCAAAUGUGUCUAUGAUUUCCAACGGCGCUCUCGCCCUCUACAGCUUAUAUGGCCUGAACUCUUUUACUUGGUCACAUGCCAUAAAUCCUGAUUGGGAUGUCAUGCAGUUCUCGGGCUAUGUAUGGCGUGAUCCUAUACCCGACAUCCUGGCUGCAUAUCAUGAGAUCAUGUUUCGACUUGGUUUGAGUGCUGCAACCAAUGCAACUCUCGUUGGACCAAUUGUACUUGGUGGUAAAACGUAUACAAGCGUGAGAAGCGUCUCAGCCACUUACGUUUUCAAUGAGAACUACUAUGUCUCAAGGUAUAGAUACCUUGGAGGCGCCAUGGCCGUGAUCAUGUUGGCGAUUCUCAGCGUUAUGCCAACACUCAGAGGCUGGUGGAAUCUUGGUCGCGCAACUACGCUCUCGCCGUUGGAAACAGCAAAAGCCUUUGGGGCUCCUCUACUUGCAAAGUGCAAUUCGAACGAUACUGUUGAGAACCUCGUCGAUAAUGUCAAACAUCAAAUUGUCAAAUACGGCGCCACAAUAGGAGAUGAAUUGGGGGAUCGCGGGAGCAGACUGCGACUUGAAGAAUACGGAGAAGUGCAUACUCCUAGGUCUGAGACAAGGUUUCAACAAUGAUAACAAUCAGUAUUGGAGACGAAAGAUAGCAAGCUAAGACCUGGCAGUGCCCUGCAACUUCUGAGAUUCAAGGGGUGGGGGUCUUAGGGGGGUGGUAUUUGAUAAUUGAGUC